CGAAGUAUUGCGAGGAAAGCGAUUACACUUUGAAUCUAUCUAAGAUCUCCCAAUGUAUAUCAAGAAGAAAAUUCAAUUGUGGAUCGAAGAAAAUGCAACAAAAGAGUUUGAGCAAGUACAAGAAAUGAAAAAGGUGAUUGAGAUUCUCAUUUCGAGCGUAAAGAAGUUCGGAAAUUCUUCUACAGUGAUCACGAUCUUUGAUUUUGCAAAAACUAUCUCUCUCUACGAAAAUUUUGAGGAGUGGCCUCAGCUCAUGAAGUUUUUGUGUUGUGAAUCAAGCAAUGGUGAAAAGUUUCUCAAACUGAAGCAUCUCAUUGCUCUUCGGAACUUCUUUGAAACUUCGAGGAGAUGUUCCUUUGAAGAAUUGCCGCAACUUUUUAGAUGUGAAAUGAAAAAUUCGCACGAGCUCAAAGAGAUGUUGUCGGAUUCAAAUACUGAAACACUGGCUGCACUACGCCAAUGCCUGGUCCAAUUUGUAGAAUCAGUUAUUCUCGAAGGAAGUGCAUUUAAAACUGAUUGGGAGUUGAGAGAUUGCAUGACAUUGGAUGACCUUGAUGAAGACAUGCUCGAUGAAGUGUCUGAGCUACUCGACGGAGUUCAUGUAAAGCACACCUACAGCUUCAUCUCGUUUUUGUCGGAAGCUAUACAAGCACACACAGAUUGAAUGUGUCAUGGGAAUGAGGAACAAGGAAAAUGUUUGAUAUUUGCGCAUUCCAAGGUAGAAACUUAAUUGUUUGUGAGGAGUGAAAGUAAAUCGUGUGCUCUAACUU